GGGAACAUUUUUGAAUUACAAACGUCUUCAAACCCGCUUAAAGGAUGCCAUUCUACUAGACUAUUAUGUAUCCGGAUUUUUGUGGGCUAGAGGAAUGGAUUUUUCUAUUAUUCAAUACUCAAAAUUCAUGACUUUACUAAAUAUGUUACUUCAUAAUCUCAAAACACUACACAUGUCCUUGGAGGAUAGCAUCAAAUGGCUUGGAGAAGUUAUGGCUGAACUCGGACCGAAUCAUUUGCAAAAAUGUGAUGACUGGAAUAUCUUUGAUAUAAAACAAGCCAAUGCUAUUAUUGAUUACUUAAAAAUCAGCUUAUUUCAACACUACAAGCUAUAUGAGUUUCUGUUCUACUCUGCCAGGGAAGAAAUUGUGAUAGGAGCUGAGCAAGUGAUAGAGGUUGUGAAGCCUCCAGGUUGCCCUUUCCCAGAUCCUCUGGAAGAAGGAAUCUCAUUUGAUAUCUACUCAACAUUCAUAGAGCCACCCCCAAGACUGGAAAUGGAAACGAAGGAGCUGGAUCAAGAACAAGGGCCUGAGGAGUCCCAGCCAGAAAAAGAUACUUCAGACAUGGAAGCUUUAGUUGGUUUCACCAUUGAAGAUGUAAAGUCAGUGCUGGAUCGAGUCACAGAUGACAUUUUAAUGGGCUUCCAGACCGAGAUAAACGAAAAGCUGCAAAUACGGGAAGAGGCCUUUAAUGCACGAAUAGAAAAAUUGAAGAAGGCCUGAAGACCGGUACGGGGCGGGGGCGGGAGAGCCGUGCUAAACUUCACAGAAACAAACAAACAAACAAAUUCCACCCAGAAUAACAGACUCUCCAGAGCGCGGUAUCUCCUUCCUUUGGUAGCGCAAGGAAAACCCAAGCCCCACUUUUUAUUAGCCUAAGUAAUUAGAAAAGUAUUAGCCCCAAUUUUGCUAUCUCCUGGCUUAUACCCGCCUCUGAAUUUAUUGCACUGAGUGUAAUAAGAACAUUUUGUGUAUAAGAGUUGGGAGAAUUACUUGGAAAAAUGCAAUUACUUUUACAGUAGGCCUUUGACGUUUUGACUAAUAAAUGCUAUUCGUCUUCAA